AACCCCCCAGUCUACAGAUGGUCUGACCAGUCAAGAGAAAGGUUUAUGACAGCCUGUGUCGACGCCAGACUGCAGUCCCAAACAAAAGCAGCUGAACAGCUACAUGGAGGUGACAAAGGCCACAUCUCACGUGGAGUGCAGCCUCUUUACUGUGGAUUAUUACUUCUGCUUUGAGUGAAGGGGCAGUGGAUAGAUUGAUACUGUAGAUCACACAUUCAUAACCUUAUUUCACACCAACUUUGACUACUGGAGCACCAGGACAGAUCUUAAGGCAGACAUGUCUCUUGGGCAGAAGAUGGAAGAACAAGUGGAUUCCAGCAGCAGUCCACAGCAUGGACACAGUGGGCAGCGUGUCAUCAGGUGUGGGUGGCUGAGGAAGCAAGGAGGGUUUGUGAAGACCUGGCACACGCGAUGGUUUGUCCUGAAGGGGGAUCAGCUCUAUUAUUACAAAGACGAGGAUGAAACAAAGGCCCUGGGGACAAUCGUUUUGCAUGGCAACAGAGUCACGGAACAUCCAAACAAUGGCGAUGAGGCAGGAAAAUUCCUUUUUGAAGUGGUACCAGGGGGAGACCGAGAACGGAUGACAGCCAAUCAUGAGACCUACCUCCUCAUGGCUAGCACCCAGAAUGACAUGGAGGAUUGGGUGAAGACCAUCCGCAGAGUCAUAUGGGCGCCCUUUGGUGGAGGGAUCUUUGGACAGAAGUUAGAGGAAACAAUGCGCUAUGAGCAGCGCGUCGAGGACAAACUGGCCCCCAUGCUGGUGGAGAAGUGCGUGGACUUCAUUCGCCAGAGGGGUCUGCAGGAGGAGGGGCUCUUCCGGCUUCCUGGCCAGGCCAACCUGGUCAAAGAUCUGCAGGACGCUUUCGAUUGCGGCGAGAAGCCCUCCUUCGACAGCAGUAACACAGAUGUGCACACAGUGGCCUCCCUUCUCAAGCUUUACCUGAGGGAGCUUCCAGAGCCAGUUGUCCCCUUUGCCAAGUAUGAGGAGUUUCUUGCCUGCGCUCCGCUACUCGGAAGGGAGGAAGAAUCUGGCAUGAAAGAGCUAAGAAAUCAGGUGGAAAUCCUACCUCAAGUAAACUACAACUUACUGAAGUACAUAUGCAGGUUUCUUGAUGAAGUACAGUCCUAUUCAGAUGUGAAUAAAAUGAGCGUUCAAAACCUGGCUACCGUUUUUGGUCCGAACAUCCUACGGCCAAAGAUGGAGGACCCCCUAACGAUUAUGGAAGGUACGGUACUGGUCCAGCAGCUGAUGUCGGUUCUGAUUGGGAGACACGACGUGCUGUUCCCAAAAGAGGAAGAGCACCAGACUGACCUGGAGGUGUGCAGCAACAACAAUCAGGAGUCUGAGAAGAUGCAAGCGGCAGGUCAUCUGCAGAACGAGGAGAAUAACAACAACACAGCAGCGGUACGGCAGUGCUCGUGGGAGACGCCUGAGUCGCAACAGAAGACCACAGCAGAGAAUGGCUCUCCACCGCCCCUGGGAGGACCCCAAUCGGGCAGUCCGAUUCAAUGCCUGACUGGAAAAUUAGAGGUGUCUCGCAGCCCGCCUUUCGCGGUGAAGAAGAACCCGGCAUUCAGUAAGGGCAGCGGCAUAGUGACCAAUGGCUCAUUCAGCAGCAAUACCGCUGACGGCCACCGGGAGAAGAGUGAGACGCUGGCAGGUGGCGGCAUUCCCCCCCGCCGCAGCAGCUCGCUAAAAGGCUGUGGUACUAAGAUGGGCACCAGCGGUGUUUCCAAUGGCAGUAUACGGCUUGGCGUUUCUAGCGCCGACACCGUUAACGGGACCCUGAAUGGACGCGGCGGAUUUUUGGUGGCUAAUGGCUACGUCACCAUGCGCGACAGCAAAACCAAAGACUGCCUGAGCGAGAAGACUGCCCAGCAGCACCGCCUGUCCACAUAUGACAAUGUCCAGCAGCAGAACUCAUCGAAUAACAGCUGUGAGGACAAGCAGAGUGUGGACAGCGCCACCUGGUCCACCUCGUCCUGCGAGAUAUCCCUGCCGGACAACUCCAACUCCUGCUGGUCAUCCAGCACCACUUGCCCAGAGCAGGACUUCUUCGUGACUCCGUACGACGAACCGGGGCUGUACGACCCCUCGCAUGACGAACUCGGCCAGCUUGGGGAAUUCGAGAGCAAAGCCAGCCGGCGGAAUGCGGGCGGACGCAGCAGCCUCGUCACCAGCAGCAGUGACAACAGCGAGACAUGUGCGGUGAAUAACGGCCCAGGAAGUCAUGCUGCUCUGCAUAGCUUGGUGGGCAGCCUCAAGAUGGAGAUGCUGAAGCAGAAAACUGAGUAUGAGGCCAAGAUCAAGAGCCUGGAGCAGCAUAAUCUGCAGCUGGAGGCUGAGAUGGUGAACCUCCACGAGGAGCUGGACCAGGAGCGAAAGAAGUACACCAUGGUGGAGAUUAAGCUGCGCAACGCUGAGAGGGCAAAGGAGGAUGCUGAGAAGAGGAAUGAGAUGCUGCAGAAGGAGAUGGAACAGUUCUUUUCCACAUUUGGGGAGCUGACAGCUGACCCACACAGGCCAGAAAGAUCGAAUACUGUCUGGAUCCAGUGAAGGACCCCCUUAUGAAUCUAACUCUCCCAUUGGUGGUAAUGCAGAGGGUGGCCGGUCCCCUGACAGGGAGUAACUAGCACUCUCCUUUCAUGAACUCCUGAAGGAAGACAACCUAUAUAAGUGGGUUGUGCUAUAAUUCGUUAAUGUGACCUUGUCCACCAAUGUUAAAUGUUAUCCUGUACCUGGGUGUGUGUAUAUAGAGGACAGAGAUGUUUAUAUAUUCAAGAAAAAUAUAUUUGUAAAAAUAAACUAAAAUGUUUUUUUUCUGAAUGAUGAAUGUAUUGCAUUAUUUUAGUAUGGAUUUUCCUUGCACUUACUUGUGUUUUUUAUUUUUUAUUUUUUAUUGUGGUACGGCAUGUAUUUGUGUAUCGUGCUACUUAUUUUUACAUGUGCUGUAUCUUAAUUUAAAUAACGUUCUGCUAUUCUUCAUGUGUAACUAGACUUUUCCUAUGACCAAAAUGAAAAGAUAUAUUUUAUAAAAUAUUCUAAAUAUCAUAUUCAAUAUUAACAGUUUUAAUUAGAUAUAAACUAUAUUAAUUAUAUUUACUUAGUUAUAAUUUGUUCUAACCUAUACUUUUCCAUUGUCUGUGAAUGUUUUAAGUUAUUGAUGGUAUUUAUUUUUUAACAAUUUUGUUUUUGUUCCCAGUUCAAGUAUACAUGGCAACAACAUCCUUGAGUAGACGCAUUAUUCCAAAUGAUUUUUAAUAGUGGUAAAUUUCAUUUCUUUAUCACAUGAUUAUUAAUACAAGCCAAACGUUUUUUUUCCCAAUUAUAUGCAAUUUGCCAGCUGUUACACCCUAUGCUGCUGACCCUGUAUGGCUCCUUGUAAUCUAAUCUGGAUCGAGGGGCAUGAAGAUUUAGAGCUAGGAUUGGUUAUGAGUUUUACAUGUGCAUUUGCGGGGCUGUUUUUAACCUGUGUUUUGUCUCUGACUCUAUGUCCUGUUUCCCAGAAGUUCACAGCUGUUCUUUAGCGCUUGUCAGGAGGCUUCUUAUGUGUUUUCUUGUUUUUGUACUUCAGCCCCAUUUCCAAGUCACCGUUUCCUGGUUCCUGUCCUUUGUUUCUCCCUGGAGUCUCGCAUUCAAUCAGCUGGCUACUUAUUUCCUGUGUUGUACUGUCCAAAAGUCUUGGGAGCCAUUGGGAGGGACAGUGUUAUUUUACAGUAGUUUUACAAGUAGAAUUGUAUACGUUUUUGAUUGAUAAAUACGGCUUACAUAUUUCAUAUUAGUAGUGAUGGUUUUGUCUUAGAAUAUACAUUUACAUUUACAGCAGUUGGCAGACGCCCUUAGCCAGAGCGACUUACAUAAGUGCUUUAAGACUCUGCAAUGAAUAUGCAAUUAGUAUUCACAUAAAACUAUACAUUAUGGAAUGUGAGCAUCGUCAGUGAUGCAUACCUUACACGUGAUAAAUUACUUUAUAUAACAGAAAUCAAGAAAAUGAUAACAGGACCAUUAACUUCUAUAUAGCUGCUGUUUCUGCAUUCUUCUGCUGAAUGUCAGAUUUGCACGUAUUUGCUGUGUCAGAUAUAUACCGGGAAAGAGUGAUGUGUGUGAUGUCAAGAUAGAACAAUAUUGUCACACCUUCACUUACUGCAGUCUCGUCCAUAUUGCGAUUACCUUGCCUGGGUAAUCUGCGUCCCGAUUGCUGUUUAGACAUUUAAAUCCCUGUGCCUCUGACACAGAUGCGAAGUCGCAUUUCUCUCUCGCAAGUUGUAGCGUGAUUUGUGGAAUCCUGUAUAUGACGUACUGCUUGAAAGCUAUGAUUCUGGGUCACCCUUUGUUACUGCAUUUACAUCUGAUCGACUUUCGCCCCCCCUGCACAGUUCUAAUUGUGGGACUCUAAGAAAUAAAACACUGUACCUGACUCCCUACCAUUUAUUAAUUUUUCCAGUUGUACACAUAUAUAUUGCCCUUAGCUGUCACCCUAGUAAGAAAGAGUUCUAGGUUUCAGAAAUGUCACAGUGCGUACAGUGCUGCAGUUAUCAAGAAAGAUAUAUUUUCUCUGCCCAAAACUUUGCUUGACCGCUUCUUUUCAUUGAAAUUCAUUUCAGUUUAAGGAUCCUGCGUAUUACAACUUACUAAUUUUGCAUCAGGAACUUAGAAUGUUCUGGAAAGCAGCUCCCAAAAAGGAAUCAGAGAAAAAAAACCUUUUGCAUUCCAUAUUUCCCACCAUUAAAUAAUGAGCCUUAACAUAAAA